AAGUGUUGAGGUGCCCUCAAGAGCAGAGAUUAAAACACAUUGCACACACAAUCGACAGUUGAGUACUGCAGAAGCUAUGUCGCCCCGAGGGACCAGCUUGGUCCUGUUGGUUGUUACCCUGUUAACACCAGACUGCGUGGCAGCAGGGAUGGAUGGCAACCAAUUUGAUAUGUGCGUUACUUCGAGGAGGAGAGUUGCAGACCUCUCCAAUCAAAAUCUAACAUCCUUUCCCUUACAUCUUCCCAACACCACGGAAUACUUGGACAUCUCUCACAACUCCAUCCAAAGUAUCACCACACAAGUUUUCCCCCGACUGCCUCUGUUGUGUUUUCUGAAGGCGACUCAUUGUGGGCUCAGGGAUAUCUCUCCGAAAGUGUUUCAACACACUCCCGCACUUCAAGUUCUUGAUAUUUCCUCCAACAAAUUAACUAUCAUUCCUGACAUUUCACUUCCACGACUGACCAUUUUGGAUUUGGCUGACAAUCUCUACCAGGGCUAUCAGCUGCCGGAGUGUUUUCAGAACCUUACAAAUCUGCGAGUGCUGUCAUUAGGAAGCAAAGCGGCUCUGACAGUGAAUUUAAAUGACUUCAAACCUGUGAUGAACAUCCCCUUGCAACAUUUGGUUUUGGGUGCAGGAGUUCCAUGGCGAAUGUAUGAAUCGGGAGCUCUUGGGAUGCUGUCCCUGCAGAAAGUGUCCCUUUUCACUAACUUUUGCGGGCGCUUCAGUGUGUUGGACAAUCUCCUCGUGGAUCUGAAUGUGACAGGGGCGAGCGCCUUGAGGUUUGUGACCGUGUUUUCGGAUGAUUGCAACGUCACCGACGACCCAUUCCAGAACUUGAAAGCAAUGCCGCAUGUGCGAAACCUCACCAUAGAGAACACCUUGCUAAGCAGCUCGUUCAUGGAGAUAUUCUUAAAGAACGUUUGGCUGUCUUCUAUUGAGGAUCUCGCCUUUGUCAACAUCACGUACCAUGAAGAUACACCUGAUGGGUUUCAGUUUCACCCCCUCAAUCACAGCAUUAGUCUUCGCUCUGUAACUUUCGAUACGGUGAUACAUUAUCAAUACAGGUAUCCUACAGUUAACAUAAGCUUUAAGUACGCUUCAAAUCUGAACUAUGUUAGGUUUUCUAGGAGCGGAAUGAACAUUUUACCCUGUAAACUCUUAUCCGUCCUGCCAACAUUGGAGACCCUGGAUGUGUCAGACAACCUCCUGUCGGAUUUGGGCUUCUGGUGGCCUUUGUGUUCCUACACUGGAGUCUUCCCCAAACUGAAGCACCUGUUGUUGAGCAAGAACCGUUUCAGGAGUUUGUCCUUCAUCUCGGGACAGACACAUGAAAUGAAACAGCUGGAGUCCUUGGAUUUGAGCUUCAAUUCCAUAUACUUGGACAUCAGUUGCAAAUGGCCCGCUCACUUGAUUGAGCUCAAUCUGGGGAAUAACAAUCUGGGCAACAGUGUUUUUGAGUACCUGUCACCAAAUUUCCAGCGAAUUUACUUGUCAAAAACAGGAAUAACUGCCAUCACCCAAGAGGACAUGUCUCGGUUUCCCAAACUGACACACCUCAAGCUCAGUGCUAACAGCAUCCAAGUGCUCCCGGAACUACUCGAUGCCCCAAACCUGAUCAGUCUCUCUGUGGACCAGAACGCAAUCACAAGUCUUUCUGGGCAUGUCUUUGGGGGAUUUCCGAAGCUUCAGCUCCUCAAAGCUGGGAACAAUCCCUUCAUAUGCUCCUGCGACCUACACUGGUUCCUCACAGACUUUAACAAGUCUUUGCUCUUGAACUGGCCCUUGGAUUAUUUAUGCAGCACCCCAAAACAGUUUAAGGGCCUGCCAUUGUCCGAGUAUAAAACCAGUGUGAUCUCAUGCGAAAUAUGGCUCCAAACAACAGUUGGUUUCUCCGUGUUACUAUUAGUAGCAACAACCUUCGGCCUCGUUUUCUACAAACUGGAUGGUGUGUGGUACACAAAGAUGUUAUGGGUGUGGAUUAGGGUGAAGAGGAGAGGAAAGAAACGCUCACACUUGGUGAAGAAUAUGUCAUUUUCAUACCACGCGUUCAUCUCCUACAGUCAUCAGGAUGCCAACUUUGUGAGCAGCGAACUGGUGCCCUCCUUGGAGAACGCCGGGUUUUUCCUGUGUGUUCACGAACGUGAUUUUGUACCCGGUGAUUGGAUCAUAGACAACAUCAUCAACUGCGUGGAGUCCAGCUACAAAACACUCUUCGUCCUCUCGAAACAUUUCGUCCAGAGCGAAUGGUGCAACUACGAGCUCUUCUUUGCUCAGCACAGAGCCAUCGACAUCCAAGAGGACUCUUUGGUGUUCAUCCUGUUGGAACCCAUCCCCACAGAUUGCUUGCCCAAAAAGUACUUGAGACUGAGAAGUUUGCUCCAGCAGCAGACGUACCUCGAGUGGCCGAAGGACGAGCGGAAGCAGCAAGUGUUUUGGGCGAGCCUUAAAUCCAUGCUGCGUAUGGCAGACAAAUCUGUAGUUUUGAGGGAUAUGGCUGUGGAUCUUGCAGAUACAGCAGCCCUACUUAAUAAUCAGACCUAACAUGCUAUAUGGUUAAAAUGUAGACGACCACAAUUGUGUAAAAUUCUAAAUUUGGAUGACCACAAUUGGGUAAAAUUCGAAAUUUUGAGCCAUUACACCCUAUUGCAUGGGGGCAUGUUAUGGAAAUGGACUUUUCAGUUGCUUGGAUACAAACAGUUGGGUCUCUCGAGGGCCUCCACAGCCUAUUUUGACAAAAGUAGGUCAUAGACAGCUGGGAACUGUUAUAAAUUCUAGGAAAUUAAUUCAUAAUGCACUUCAUAAUUUGUCAAUGGUUUUCAACCUGGUUUGAAUGACGCAACUGUAUAUCUGCUGUUCAAAUGUCGAUCACAUUCUUGGCUGCUUAAUCAUUCUUAAAUUAAAAUAUUUAAUACAUGUC